AUCCCCUCUGCAAAAGCCAAUGCCUCCUCGGGGGAAGCGCAAAGUGAUGCGGUACAUUUGAACAACGCCGAUGAGGUGCUUCAAUUGGGUAAAAUGUGGCUGUCCUAUUACGAACACUUGGGACUGUCGAGAGCUGAGGCAGAGUGGUUUCUACGCUACCGGCUUCCUCAGCUCUACCCAUACUACCACUACUACUCCUACUUCUUCCACGACGCAGUGGACGGCCAGCAGUAUCGGCUGUCAACUCGGACAGUCUCCACUCUCGACAAUUCCAGCUUGCCCCAGCCUCUCGGUUCGCCUGCCGAGACUGGAAGAUCCAAACGGCGGCUCGUGGAGGACUGUCUCCGGUUGGGCAGGCGAGUGGAGGCACGGCUGUUACGCAAAAUCCGGCGAAUGGAUAAUCUCUCGAGUCUUGAUAGGAAAGAUAGGCCCGAGAUAGCCAAGACAGCGAAUGAGUCUUCUUCUACUCGUAGCCCCAUCCGCCGGCUUUGGCGCCGUUUAGUUCGUCGUCGUCAGCGCUGUCUCCGUCAGGCAGGCCUUCUGUCCAACUUUUCUCUUAGUCUGAACACGGCGCGUCGAGCCGCCCGCUUGGCUUCUAGCUCCGCCUCUGGCCAAAGCAGACCGUUUAGCCGAGCAGAAGUCGCUAACUAUGCUAGUACGUUCGGCCAGCCCUCGGAGCCUCACAAAGUUGUGCUGAAACGUCGAAAACGACCUCAUUUCUCCCAGCCAUCCGCAACGCCAGAAAGAGCUCCUGCUGUCGCCAGAACAGCCGAUUCCACGUCACCAGUUGCGCCCACCUCCUUUCAACAGACAAUGGCUCUAAUCCAUCAGCCUGAAGACCACUUCAUGAGUGUUCCCGACCAAGAUGGGCUGGUCAAGCCCCGAAGGAAGCAGAAGCGCGCCGCCACGUCCUAUCGCUCUAGAACCUGGCCGGGAGGGGUGAUUCCCUACGUGAUUCAAUCCAAUUUCUCCAGUGAGACCCGAGAGAAAUCAGCAAUUCCCAUUUGA